AUCCCGCGAUUCAGAAACUUUUCAAAAAACGGUGCUACUUAAUAUUUCAUCCGAACCUCCUUUGAUGGAAAAUUACAUUAUAUAUAUAAGAUUAAAAUUAUUUUUAUGUAUGUAUUGUAGUUGUUGAAUCCCCGUGACUUCUUCGUGUGUUUAUCUCUUUGUAUUUUGAACUUAAUUAGUGAAAAUUCAGGUUCCGUCACGAUUGGCGGCAGAAAAAAGUAAGAACUGAGGAAAUUAAAAAAUGAGGAAAGUUCUAACCUAAUACCUUUAUGUAUUGAGCAAGCAAAACAUAUACAAAUAUCUAUGUGUAUCUAUCUGUAUGUGUGUGUUUUUUAUAUAGAAUCUGGCAUACAGAUGUGAACUCUUGCUUCUUUCUUUGUCCUAUAGUUGACUUCUUAACAUUAUAUUUUCUCUUUUCAAUUCUAACGAAAUGAAGGUUCCUACCAUAGAUUUCUGCAAGCCAGAGCUAAAAUCAGGCACUGUACAGUGGGACUCUACAAAAUCCCAAGUUCUUCAAGCCUUGCAAGAGUAUGGUUGCUUUGAAGCAAUAUAUGAUAAGCUUCCAAAUGAAACUCGAGAAGCCAUGUUUGGUAGUUUAAAAGAAAUCUUUAAAUUUCCAUUGGAUACCAAAAUGAAAAACAUCUCAAAUAAACCCUUUAAUGGCUACUUAGGGCAGCUCCCAAAGCUACCUUUAUAUGAGAGUGUAUGCAUUGAUGACUUGCUCCAACCUGGAAGUGUUGAAACCUUUGCCAAUAUCUUCUGGCCUAAUGGAAAUCCUGACUUUUGCAAUGUGGUAAAGUCCUACUCAAAGCCACUUGUGGAAUUGGAUGAAAUGGUGAAAAGGAUGGUUUUGGAGAGUCUAGGACUAAAAAAUUACAUUGAUGAAUUCUUGGAUCUCAGCUAUUUCCCUUUGCGACUAACCAAUUACAAGGCAGUUCAAGGUGAAGAUGGGAAUAAACCUGGAAUUGGUAACCAUACAGAUGGUAACUUCUUGACCAUAAUAUCACAAAAUCAAGUAAAUGGAUUGCAAAUUCUCAAGAAAAAUGGAGAGUGGAUUGAAGUUAAUAUUUUACCAAAUUCGUUCGUUGUUUUAUCAGGGGAUUCCUUCAUGGCAUGGACGAAUGGUCGAUUACAUUCUCCUCUCCAUAGGGUAACAACGGCUGGAGAUAGUGAUAGGUUCUCCAUUCAAUUAUUUGCAGACCCAAAAUUAAAUUGCACCAUAAAGGCCCCAAAAGAACUUGUGGAUGAAGAUCACCCUUUACUCUUCAAGCCCUAUGACAUCCUUGGAUAUUCUGAGUUUUUUGGGACAAAAGCUGCCCGGGAAGCUGGCGCCAAUAUUCUCAAGGCUUAUUGUGGUGUUUGAAUUGUUGCAGUUAUUAAGCUUCAGCUUCCCGUGUUUUAGCGAGUUGAUUUUUCAGAUGGUCGCUCAACUAAUAGUUAUUAUCUCAGAAAGUCACUUUUUUUGUUGAAGGAAAUUGGAAUCAAGAAGAAAGGUGACGUUCUGAAAUAAUAAUUAUUAGUUGAGUGAUCAUGUGAGAAAUCAACCCUGUUUUAAGUCCAUAUUAGUCAUAACUUAAUGUGGAUAUUAUAAUGUUCUUCUGUUUGUUGUAACUCGUAAUCUAUAUCUAUAUAUAUAAUAAAGCUAGGCACAAACAAGGUGAUGUGGCACCUCUCUAUGGCCACCAUUCCUAUUUAUCUUUUUUCUCAUUUUUUUGACAUUUUUCUUCUUUUUUUCAUUUAUGUGCUAUGUAAUAAAAACUCAAAGUCACUCAUUUAAUUAGCUCUUAAUUAUGUUAAAUGUGAUAUGUUAAUUAGCUUACAGUUAUAUACGUUUUUGUAUUCCAAGCUAAUUAGUGGAAUGUAUAGUUUGGUCUUAUUACUUUACUUUUUCGGUUAUAUACCUCUUUGUUUUCCAAGCAUAGAUAGAAGAUAUUUAGAUGCAUAAAUGUUGCCGAUUUUUUAAGUUGUAGGUAUUAGCAUUAAGCUGUCUGAAUUUUGUAUAUAAUUCUGCUAACUAUAUUUGUUAUUUUCUGGUUUAAAUGCAUAGC